AUGGUACCGGGGUUUUCCACAGCCUUGUUGGCUGCAUUUUCUGCCGUUGCUUUUUGUCCGGCGACCGUCCAAGCUGCGAGCCUGGAGAGUGUGCUUGCCGGUCAGGCAAAUCUCACAACAUUUCGCGGUUUGGUCAAGAGCACCGUCGUUUCAACCCUGAAAUACCACAUCCUCAAGAAAACGAUCGACAUGCCCUCCAUCGUCAAAGGCGACUCUAUCUGGGCCUCGACGUCAUUGACCGAUGCGAAGUUCUCCAACGUGACGGGCGGCCAGCGCCUCAUUCUCACCAAGCAACCAGGCGGCGAGGUCGUCUUCACCUCUGGGUUCGCUACCCGCGGCACCGUUCUCACGGAAGACCUCGCGUUUGACAACGGCCUCGUCCAAGUCAUCGACUCAGUCAUGCGCGUCCCCGAGACCCUCGAGUCCACCGCCCGCAGCGCCUACACCGAUCUAACCGCUUUCGUCGGCGCGCUGUACGCCACCGGCUUGAUGAGCGAAGUGGCCCAACAGAAAGACGUAACCAUCUUCGCCCCGCACAACGCCGCCUUCCAGCAGCUGGCGGGGGCCUUCGCCGACACCGACAAGGAGAAGCUGAAGCGCAUCCUGCGCUACCACAUCGUACCCGGCCAGCUGUCGCACGUGUGGGAGCUCAAGAACGCGAGCUCGCUCGCGUCAACCGACAAGGGCAACAAGGUGUCCAUCACGCGCCACACCAACUUCAUCUACGUCAACUCGGCCGAGAUCAUCCAGGCCGACAUCCUCAUCGCCAACGGCCUCGUCCACAUGAUCGACAACGUCCUCAACCCGGACCAGACCGGCGCUCGCCCCGACGUCACCCUCACCACCGCCCAGUCGCCCGUCUUCACCCCCGUCGGCGCCACCGCCACGGGCACCGAUGUGCCAACACCGUUUGCCUCGAAUUUGCCGUGCACCGAGAGCUGCCCGGUGGCGCGACCGACGGGGGCGCCAAAUGGGGCAGGGGCGGGGGAGGGAAAUGGGGAGGGGCCGAACUCGAGCAACGCUGGUGUUGCGCUUCCGAGGUGUACCGGGAUGGCUGGGGCUGCUGUGGGGGUUGGGUUGGCGGUGGGCGCCAUCGUUGUUGGGUUAUGA